AUGACGACCGACGCUUCACCUAGUACCCUCAUUGUGGGCGCCGGUGUCUUUGGAACCAGCACCGCCUACCACCUUUCCCUCUCACAUAACUCGCCUACUAACAUUACCGUCCUCGAUCGCUCGCCAUACCCGCCACACCAUGCCGCCUCGACCGAUAUCAACAAGAUUGUGCGCACCGACUACACAUCGCGCUUUUACAUGGAGCUCGCAUACGAAGCGCUUGACGCUUGGAAGACGUCGCCGGUACUGAAAGACCAUGACGGUCGUCGCUUCUUUCAUGAGAGUGGCUGGAUAAUGUUGGGUAACGAGGACAGCGACCUGGCAGAGCGGAUACGGAAGAACUUCAGCAACAGAGGGAGUGAUCUUACGCGUGACAUCGCGAUUGACGAUGAGAUUAGGAACAAAUGGAACGGCAUACUAAAAGAUGCGGAUUUUAGAGAUCCCAAGAUUGGAAAGGGAUACUGGAAUCCGGACGCAGGAUGGGCGGAUGCUGGGGACGCAGUGCAGAAGAUGAUGGAUGUCGCCGUGACCCGAGGCGUGAAGUACGAAUGUGGAGACGUUCAGAGUAUCAUUGUAGGUGAACAGGGCGUAAGAGGUGUCAGGACGACGGAUGGCCGCAUCUACAACGCUGAACAGGUAUUGCUCGCCACUGGGGCGUGGACAAGCAAGCUUCUGUCGUCCGUUGAGGACGAGCUUGGUAUUCUUGACGAGGGCCGGAUUGAGAAGCAGGUCACAGCAGCAGGUGUAUGUGUUGUGCACUAUAAGCUUACCGAUGAUGAGUACGACAAGCUGAAGGAGAUGCCUGUGGUUAUUUAUGGCGACAGGGGCGAAGUACUCCCACCAGCUGCAAGCACCCGUCUCCUGAAGUUUACGAACGCUAGGUCUUUCACUAGUACUUCAACAACGAUCUCUGGUCACAAGCUCUCUGCUCCGCCGACUAGGCCUCAGACUACUGUUAGUCGAACACUCAUGCAGGAAACUUUGGAACGCAUGGCCCUGAAGACAAUGCCGGAUUUUGCGAGUCGGACUCCAGAUUACUGGCGUCUAUGUUGGGAUGCCAUUACGCCAUCGCAAGAUCAGUUAAUCACAAAACAUCCACACCCUCGACUAAGCAAUCUGUAUCUUGCUGUAGGUGGGAGCUUUCACAGUUGGAAGUUUCUGCCCACGAUAGGGAAGUACGUUGUCAAUGUGUUGCAAGGCGUGAGCAAUGGCGAGGAAAAGGAUAAGCGGUGGGAGUGGAAGACUGGCCCCUUUGAGGGCAGAGGUGCCCAUGAGAAAGUCGUUCCGAAGCGAGAGUUGAGCAGUCUCGAUGAUAUUUGA